GUGAUUCUGUGAUUCUGUGAUCUGUGGGGGGUCAAGGAUCUCAUGUAUCUUUUAAUUAGGUUUCCACCAAUAACUGUCUUUGUCAAGAGAGUUUUCCAUUCCCCAAUUCUGACACCUAAUAGGAUGAACUGGCUUUCUAGUAGUUGAACGUGGGCUUUUUUUCUGAAGGCUGAACAAUUUAAUUUACCUUUUAUAACUUCAUAAGCUCCACAAAUGGAAAAUGAGAAAAACAGGAGAAGAAUGGGUUGGGCUGUAUGCUCUAUUAUGUGUUACAACACACUGGAGUUAUAAAAUGUUGCAAAUGUGUAUGCAGGGAACCAGGUGGGUAAACUUGCCUAUCUUGCUGUCAGUGCAGUUUGAACUCUAUAAACUGUUUGACCUGGCAUCCUUGCAGAGAUUAAUUUUGUUUUUAAAAGACUUCAAAGCUGAGAGAAAUUCUCUUUAUCUUACCCUAUUACUUGCAGUUAGAUAUUUUGAUUCUGUCGAGUCAUGAGAUCGCCUUACACAGAACUCGGUAUGCUAAAUAUGGCAGAAACUAAAACCAUCCAGCUUGGAGCAGCCAGUGCUGUCACGUUUUUCUUUGUCCUAGUCUGUUGGGCUGAUGCAGCUUCAUUCCAGCAGUACCAGCUGCUUCAAAAAGACCCAGACUAUGUAAUGAAAAACUUACAGAGGCUCCCGAAUCCUGAUAUGAUCAAAGCUUUGGAAUACAUAGAAGAUCUUCGCAAGCAAGCUAACAAGGGAGAAAGCAUCCCUGAUUACAACUCCUUUCAAAGUGUCCCGUAUGUCCUGCAACAGAAAGAAAACAAAGAUCAGGUUCACCUACCAGAAAAUGUAAGGGAUUCUUUGACUGAAGAUGAGUCUCAGUGGGUCAAGGUUAUGUUGGAAGCCUUGCGGCAAGCUGAGAAGGAGUCAAAAGCUGGCACAAAGGAAAAUAAACUUUAUGGUCUGAGCUCAGAUAACAGCUUUCCAGCUGGAGUAACUGAUGAUUAUGAGGCUUACAAGUGGCCUGAAAAGUGGCAAAAAUAUCUCAAAAUGCCUUUUGGCCACUAUGAAGACAGUUCAAGAGACAGUCCUUUCAAGCGUACUAAUGAAAUAGUGGAGGAGCAAUACACACCCCAAAGUCUUGCUACACUGGAAUCGGUGUUUCAGGAGUUGGGGAAGAUGGCAGGACCUGGUAAUCACAAGAAGGAGAGGCUGGAUGAAGACCAGAAACUGUAUGCAGAUGAUGAAGAUGAUGUGUAUAAAGUAAAUAACAUUGCCUAUGAAGAUGUGGUUGGAGGAGAAGACUGGAAUCCCAUAGAAGAAAAAGUGGAAAGCCAAACCCAGGAAGAGAUAAAAGAUAGUAAAGAGGAAAUUGACAAACAUGAAGAGGAAGUUGAUGAUGAAAUGAAGAGGUCAGGGAAACUCAGCUUCCUUGAGGAUGAAAUGAGAAGAGAGAAUAAAGAUCAAAUGUCAGAGAAUGUUUCAAAGUUAAUGAAUUAUUACCUGAAGAGGCUGAUGGGCAGUGCUGGAAACAGGAAACUAAGGACUGGAGGAGAGCUUGAGGAGAAAAGAGCAGCCUCAAUUUUGGACAAGCAACUCAACCCUCAGUCUAUAGCUCAGUUAAUAGAAAUGUCAAGGAAUUUACAAAUUCCUCCAGAGGAUUUAAUAGAUAUGUUGAAAGCUGGGGAGAAAAAACAGCUUCAGAGUGAAAGGUUGGAAGCUGAGCAGGAAGCAGAAUUCCCAGAAGACCUCGAUGAGAUCACUGAAACUAAUCUGGGACAGAGUGACAUAUUUAAAAAUAAUGUAAACUCUAAAAAUGGGUACAUGAAGCAGCCUCUUAAUGCAAUUCCAGAAAAUCUACCUGAAGACCUCAAUAUUGAAGACAUUGUCAGUCUUCUGGGAACUGGCAAUUUAGGUAAUCAGAAUCCCUCCUACUUACUAAAUCGUCUUAAUCAAGAAAAUGAUUUGCCAAGACUGCCUUACAUUCCCAGAAGACUGAAAGGACGCCCAGUUCCCAAAUCUGCGUGGAUUAACGAUUUGGAAAGGCGACAAAUGGAGUACGAGAAACUGGAUGAGAAGGAUGAAGAGCUGGCUGAUUACUUGGCAAAGAUGCUGGCAAAAUAUCCCGAAGUUAUCAACGCGAACCAGAUGAAAAGAGUUCCCGUUCCAGCUUCUGAAAGCGACUUGCAGGAAGACGAGAGGCUGGAGCAGGCCAUCAGAGAGCAACUGAGCCAGCUGGGACCACAGGAGGCUGCGAGGCUGGCUUCACUCAGCAAAAGGCUCUCCAUGGCUGGGGACACCGAUGACACGCAAAACAGGCAGUAUCUGGACGAGGAUAUGCUGGCAAAGGUGCUGGAGUAUCUAAAACAGGAGAAAUCAGAGCUUGAAAGAGAUCACAUUACUAAACGGGCAAUGGAAAAUAUGUAAUUGUUCUCCAAAUAUGAUUUCUCUCCCAUGUGUUGACUUCAAUCCCAAUUCAGUUGUGAUUUACUCCCGCUCUCCCACUACACAACUUCUGGUAGACUACUUACCAUUGAACAGUCUGCAUAUCUUUCUCGGAGCUGUUAUCUUGUUUAUUGAUAUACUUAUGUAUGUUAUAAAUUAUGGGGCAAAUAACAAAUUGCUUCAAGUGUUUUAAGAAACAAUUUAAUGAAAUCAAGUAAAACUAUAAUAUGUAAACAAAUGACCUUCACGUUGUUAAUAAAACAUGAUAAAUGAAGAGUGAGAAUUAUCAUUUGAAAUUUUUAAGAUUAACUGGAUUAUUUUGUUACUGUCUGUAGUGUUUUUUUGUGGAGUAUCGAAUAAAA